UUGUUUAAUGUGUAUGGUUUUAUUUUAUUUUAACUUCUCUUCUUCAUAGAAAUAUCUGCUUGACAAUGAAAUAAGAAACGCUUCAAAAUAGACAACAAGGAACGAUUAAAGAAUUUUAGAGUUAUAUAUAAAUUAGAAUAACCUAAAAUGAGCUCUCACAUAGAAUCCCUCGAAGCGUCUACGGACUACGAUAAAAACAAUCCUACCAAUAGUAACAUUAGUGCUCCAAAGAGUGACGAUGAAGACGCGCCCUCGAGUAAAAAAAUUGAAGAACAUACUUCCGUAGUUGCUGCACAUUACAAUCAUUUAAAAGAAAAAGGUUUAAAAGAAAGAUUCAACUCUCCUAUUUUUUAUCUAAGGAAUUUUAAUAAUUGGGUAAAAAGUGUUCUUAUCCAAGAAUAUACAGACAAAAUACGAGAAAAAGACUAUGGAAAACCAUUAAAAGUAUUGGACAUAUGCUGUGGCAAAGGUGGUGAUUUAAGCAAAUGGCAGAAAGCUAGAGUUGAACGUGUAAUUUUUGCUGAUAUAGCCAAAGUGUCAGUACAGCAAUGUGAAACAAGAUAUGAAGACCUACGACGGCGAUGUGGGCAUCUAUAUUCAGCAGAAUUUAUAGCAGCAGAUUGUACUAAAGAUACUCUGCGUGAUAAAUAUGCCGAUCCAUCAAUCAACUUUGAUAUUGUCAGUUGCCAAUUUGGUUUUCAUUAUAGUUUUGAAAGUCUAAUCCAAGCUAGAAGAAUGCUCACAAAUAUAUCUGAAUGUUUAAAGCCAGAUGGUUAUUUUUUUGGGACCAUUCCAGAUGCAUAUGAGAUUGUCUCUCGAGCUCAAAAAUCUCAAAAUUUUGCUUUUGGAAACAGGAUUUUUAACAUAAAACUACUCUUUGAUCCAAAAGAGGGCUAUCCACUUUUUGGAGCAAAAUAUGAUUUUCAUUUAGAAGGUGUAGUGGAUUGCCCAGAAUUUCUUGUUAAUUUUGAUCUAUUAGUGAAAUUAGCUGCAGAGUAUGGUUUGGAAUUAGUGUACAAAGCAAGAUUUUCCGAUUUUUACAAAGAUCAUACAGAAAAAUAUAAGCAGCUUUUACAAAGAAUAAUUUGCUUUGAAAGUUACCCAGCACGUCCUGGUAAAGAGCUAAUAGGAGAACCAUCAGAAUAUGAACAUGCACGCAUCAUCUGGGAUGAAAUGGAUAAAAGCAAUACUAGAGAUUGUAUUGGAACUAUGAGUGUAUGUGAAUGGGAGGUAGCAACAAUAUACAUGGCUUUUGCUUUCAAGAAACAAAAACAUGUAUGGGACUCUAAUGGCAAGCCCUCCUACAUAACUUCUGCAGAUAAGAAAUGAUGUUGAAAAUUAUAUUAUUAAUAAUGAAAUAAUUAAAAUGAACUACAUAAUGAUGAUAAUUAAAUAAAAUAUUUUAUAAGUUUAUGUAAAAUGUUUGUAACUUUUUUUUCAUGUAAAGGUACAGACAUACAAGGUAUAGACAAUUAACUUGUCAUUGAUCAUUAAGUUCGUGUAAUUUAUUAUACAUCAUAUACAUAUAUUAUAACAUCAUUAUAAAAAACAAAGUUGACAGCUUCUUUUAUCAUUCAACUCUGCCAAUGUCAAGUGAAUAAUAUCUACAUGUAAAAUGGAAAUGAACGAAAAUUGGAGAUUUUUUUUUUUCAAGCUACCAUUUCUUUUUGUAUUGACAUAAGAAAGUUUAUUAUAUGACAUAGGUUGGCGCCGUGCGGAGUAAGUCUGCGAUGACCU